AUGCAGUCAUUUUGCAAAGCUCCUCAGUUACACAAAGCAGCCUCUGGAGGGUUCAACGAGCUCCUCCGUGGGUUUCUAGAGUUUGAUUUGGUCAAGGCAUCUAUUGACAGCUACAAUGCCUUUGGCUACACCCCCUUGCAUUACGCUGCUCAACAUGGGCACGCUGACACGGUGAAUCUGCUGCUCGAGAAUGGAGCAAGUGCCAAUCUUAGCCGACAAAAUGUUGCAUCGCCGUUGCAAAUUGCAGCUGAGCUGGGCCACACAGCCGUUAUCAGGUUGCUCCUGAAAUAUGAUGAUUGCACUACAGGUGACAAUGUAGACAAGUCUCUGAGGCUAGCAGCCGCCGAGGGCUACGUACAGUCCGCCAAGGCUCUCUUGGAUAAGACGACGGCCACAGAUCCUGUGGAUUCCGAGGGCAACACGGCCCUCCAUUUGGCAAGCAGGCACGGCCAUGCGGAGUUAGUUUGUGUCCUACUGGACUCUGACAAAUUCAGCAAAGAUCUCCCCAACGAGGGAGGAAUGACAGCAAUGCAUCUAGCCGCCAGGGAGGGCUAUACAGAAGCCGUGGCGAUUAUUCUGGAACAUGAAGGUUCGGCAGAGAUAACGAAUGCGGACGGAGAUACUCCAAUGCAUAUUGCCGCGGCCAAAGGCUAUAUCAACGUUGUAGAGCUUCUAUGUGCUAAAAACCCUAGCAUCAGAUACGAAAGAAAUAGCGACAACGAGACACCCCUGAUUCUGGCAGCGAAGAGGGGGCAUGUGGCUGCUGUGAAGAAGCUCCUUCAUGUUUCCGGCUCUGGGAGCAAGCAGAAUGGAACUGACGAAGACAGAGAUACAGCACUUCAUUUGGCCGCGUCCAUGAACCAUCUCGAGGCAUGCCAGACACUUCUCUCACACAUGUCUGACUCUGGGAUCGAAGCAAUCGAUCUCUCAAACAAUGAGAAUGAAACACCAUUGUACCGAGCAUGCUGUUUUGGCCAUACUGAUGUCGCGAAAUUGCUCCUCGAUAAUGGAGCUGAUUGCAAUAAGCACUGCACUGAAGGCUGUACGCCUCUUCACAUCGCAGCUUUCUUGCGCAAUUUGAACGUCGUCAGAUUGCUUCUAGAUAAGACUGCAGAUUAUAAUGCUCUGGCCGAUAUAGAGGCUACACCCAUCAUGCUGGCUGCGCAAGAGGGCCACGCCGACGUCACUGCCAUGUUGUUUGAGGCUGGUGCUGCCGUAGACAUGGUCGACUCGAAGGGAUCAACGGCGCUUCACUACGCUGCCUGGGACGGACACCUCGAUUGUGUUGAGUUCCUCGUUGAAAAAGGGCAUGUAGACUAUAGCCUUCCGCGAAAGGACGGACGAACGCCGCUGCAUCUCGCCGCUGUAGAUGGACACGUCGAUGUGGCCAAGUAUCUUCUGGAAAAGGGGGCGCAGCUGAGCGGAGGCGAAUACGGCAGCGCCCUUCACGCAGCCAUCGAGGGCCGGAAUGUGCGGUCAGUGAAGCUGCUUCUCGAGCACGGCGCUGAUCCGGCCAUUGAACACAAAGGAGAAGGGGCCAUCUUUCCUGCUUUCCGAGUUGGCAAUCUUGAAGUCGUCACGGCUCUCCUGGACAAAAUGGACAGCACAGCCAGAGCCGCAAAAGACAGAAACGGGCGCAGCCUACUGGCUUGUGCGAUAGGCGUGAAGAACAAAGAUAUUGGGGACUAUCUAAUUUCUAUGAAUCUUGUUCCCAUCCAAGACAAGGAUCUCUAUGGACGAACGCCGCUCAUGGAGGCCGUCCUAAGCGACAACGCCGACAUGGUCAAGACUCUGUUAAGAAUGGGAGCAGACCCCAAUGCCAGCGACACCGAACGGAAGACGCCACUC